UGGAGAUCACAAAAGCCAUUCUCAAGAGCAUCAUUACCUAAAACAAUGAAGCUAGAGGUGCACGUCAAGGUUAGCAUGAGAUGCGAGAAAUGCCAAACAAACGCCACUGUUACUGUCUCAAAAACAUCCGGUGGGUUUCUCUCCUUUUCUCCAGGGAACAUAGGAGUGCAAAAGGGCAGCCAACAAGUAGAAAGGGUGACAGUGCGUGGAGAUAAGAUCAAUUGUGUUCGUUUAACAACACCAGUAGGAAACAAAUGCAACAACAGUGGACAACUACUCACUGUGAAUUGGACCAAAGAUAAAAAAGAAGAUAAAAAGCAAGAGAGAGGAAAACCAAAGGCUCCAUUUCAGCCCAAAAAUGCUCCUGCUGAGUCUAAAGAUUAUGAAAAGAAUGGUGCACAGCCGUGUUGUUCCAUUAUGUGACUACAAAAAAUUCAGGAGCACAUCUGGUGGGUGGUCCCCUAUCAUAUGCAAUUGUACCGUGGAGAUCAUCUUCUCGGCCAAUCCAACGAUGGGAAGGUCUUGUUCCAUCAAAACAUUAUAGGACCCCAUAUUGGAACAUUAAUAUACGAAAUUUAAUAGUUUAAAAAAUUGUCAUGGAUUUAUAGCUAAUGUCACAUGUUGAAUGUCGUUAAAUGUUAUUAAGACUAAGAAUGAAAUGAGAAAGAUACAGCAAUUCAUUUUGUUUUGUGCA